AUGUCGGACGACGGUUCGCAUGUGGUCGAAGACCAGAAGAAUAAGCGAAGACGACCAGCCAAGGCCGAUAGGGGUGCUGUGAAGGAAUCUAAGAAACGUGGAAGAGCAUCCUCUGAGAAGAAUAAUGUGUCCCGUCCAAUAAAGUCUGAUAAUGAGGACGACGCGCCACCUGUUUCAGUAUAGAGAGGUUGGGAAUUCACAUACAUUAAACAAGGACCACCAAAGGGUACGGCACCUUCCACGGGUCGUGGCCGUGGACGGCCGAAUAAGGUCGAAGAGAAGCCUGAAAGAACCGGUGAGGAGGAUGAUGAGCAGGAGGAAGAGAAGGAGGAGGAAGAAAACUGA